UCAGUUGGACUACAGCGGCUCGAGGAGCUGCACCCUGAGCAGCACGCGACCACACUCACACUUAGUCACACACCUUCUAGUUGUAUUUAUGUUCAUUCCCACUACAGUAAACAACAACAACCAGUGAAGGAACGUAGUUGAGGUCCGCACGGUCGCUGGGCCGAGUUUCUCCCAGUUGUUGGGCACCGUCGCCGGAGGAAAACCCUGCGCAUUCCUCCACGCAGAGAGAGCCCGAGAGCGAGAGCGAGAGCAGCCGACGCACUGGACGGAGGCAAGGAGAGCUGGAAGCGGCCUCUUCACGAGGUGCACCCCUGAAUUCACCCACGAAGGCUCGUCACAGAGGUCCUGUUAGAUGUUCGGGCUUUACCCGCGUCUGUUUUCGGUGCCCUGACGUCUCGCACCGUGCUAUGAGAUCCUUGCUUUGAUGAAUAAUUUACGGUCUCUCGGUCCGAGGCUCGUGCUGCUACUACUAACCGACAGUUGGCUGCGCCCGACGCCGCCUGAACGAGCCCUAAUGGUGGACUAGAGAGACGAAUACAAGCGCAGCGAAGACACGGGCUUAACAUUUAAGUGCAGAUUAGAAUUUCCCAAAGAUAAAACACAUCUCUGAACUCGCCCGGUUGCUCAUUAGUAGCGCAGAGCUCCGCAGUCAUGUUGCCGAGUCGAUGGGGGAGGAAAGACGGAGCUCCGUGUACUUCAACGCCGAUCCAGUGUCGCUCCAGUUUCGGGUUUAUUUUAUGAUCCUCAAAGAAGCACAAUCGGACCUUUUCUCUCCACGGACUGUCCAGUGUUGCCCCGUUGCUGUGAUUCCUCUUCAGACGCCUUACUUCUCUGCAUGUAUCUCUCUUUUUUUUGUUACCUCAGAAACUCUGUUUGACUUGAUGUUUUGAAGAACUGCUACCUCCCUGUUUUGUCUCGUACAGAGAGGAAUCUGUAUGUUGUCGAGCACCGUUUUCACUUUUUGAGCUGACUUAAAAUACCUCAUGAAUCUACCUCAAUUAGCACACUCUUUUCUACACGUAACAGAUGAUUACUUCACGCUCGUCGUUGCUGCUCAUCUUGUAAAUUAUUGAGCCUGUAUUUCGUGAAUGCUGGACAUGGCGUCAUUCCCAGACUCGGACCUGCAGACAUGCCCGCUCUGCAAGGAACUGUGCGGAUCCUCAGCUCCCAUCUCCUCGAGCUCCUCUACCUCAUCUUCAUCCUCACAUACCUCAUCGUCCUCCAGCCAGACCACCAGGAGACUCCACGUCCUGCCCUGCCUCCACGCCUUCUGCAGGCAAUGCCUGGAGGGCCAGCGCAGUCCUGGGGACCCACUGAAGCUGCGAUGCCCCACCUGCGACCAGAAGGUGUCCAUCUCCGAGGCCGGGGUGGACUCCCUGCCUUCCUCCAACUUCCUCUUCAGCAACCUGCUGGAUGUGGUGGUGAGCUCUGAUGACCAGAUCCAGAACAAGAACGGCCACCACCACCACCGGGGAGGCUUAGGUGGAGGCUCCACGGGCUUCCAUCAUCCUCAUGCAGGCCUCCUGCAUCCCCACCACCUGGGAGAGCCUCAGUGCAGCUCCUGUGAUGAGGAGAACCCGGCCACCUCCCAUUGCCUUGACUGCCAGGAGUAUCUGUGUGACAACUGUGUGCGGGCUCACCAGCGGGUGCGGCUGACCAAGGACCACUUCAUUGAGCGCCUGGGCGAGAGCCUUCACCUGGGCCGGGUCAACUCCAACAGCAACCAGGGCCAGUCCGGGGUGUCGGUGUCCCUCGCCCAGUCCCUGCAGAACAACUUUGCCCUGCUGUCACUCUUCCAGGACCACAUGAGCUUCUGCCAGCACCAUGACAAUGAGGUGUUCCUGUUCUUCUGUGAAACCUGCUCGGUGCCUAUCUGCAGGGAGUGCAGCGUGGGCCGUCACAUGGGACACACCUUUGUUUACCUGCAGGAUGCCGUGCAGGACUGCAGAGCCAUCACCAUUCAGCUGCUGGCAGACGCGCAGCAGGGAAGACAGGCUGUGCAGCUGAGCAUGGAGAAGGUCCAGGCCAUGGCAGAGCAAGUGGAGAUCAAGGCUAAGGUGGUGCAGACUGAGGUGAAGGCCCUCGUCCUGAGACACAAGAAAGCGCUGGAUGAGAGGGAGUGUGAACUACUGUGGAAGGUGGAGAAGAUUCGUCAGGUGAAGGCCAAGUCUCUGUACCUGCAAGUGGAGAAGCUGCACCAGAGUCUGACCAAGUUAGACAGCACCAUCGCCGCCGUCAGCCAGGUGCUGGACGAGGGCCACCACCUGGACGUGCUGCUGGCCAGGGAGCGAAUGCUCACACAGAUCCAUGAACUCAAGGUUCUCAGGGGGCUGCUUCAGCCGCAGGAGGACGAUCGCUUCAUGUUUACUCCUCCAGACCAGGCGCUGCACAUAGCCAUCCAGUCCAUGGGCCUCAUCAGCAGUGGAGCCUUUGCCCCCGUCACCAAAGCCCACGGCGAGGGUCUGAAGAGUGCGCUGCGUGGCAAGCCCGCCUCCUUUACCGUGAUUGGCUAUGACCACGACGGCGAACCACGUCUGUCCGGCGGCGACACGCUGUCUGCUAUCAUCAUGUCUGUAGGUGACGGCACACUGUCUGCGGCAGAGGUGGCCGACCACCAGAACGGCUCUUACACCAUCAGCUAUAUCCCCAAAUGUGAGGGGGAGCACCUCGUCUCGGUGCUGGUGUGUAACCAGCACAUCCAGGGAAGCCCCUUCAGUGUCCUCGUGAAGUCCGGGCGGAGCUACGGCUCUUUGGGUUCCCAAGUGUCCUCGUUUGGGUGCGAGGGGGAGGGAGACGGUCAGCUCUGUCGUCCUUGGGGCAUCAGUGUGGACAAGGAGGGUUACGUGGUGGUGGCUGAUCGCAGCAACAACCGCAUACAGAUAUUCAAGCCCUGUGGUGCCUUCCACCACAAGUUUGGCUCUCUGGGUUCUCGGCCCGGACAGUUUGACCGGCCAGCCGGGGUCGCAUGUGACAGUCAGAGACGAAUCAUUGUGGCUGAUAAGGACAAUCACCGAGUGCAGGUGUUUACUUUUGAGGGCCAGUUCCUGCUCAAGUUUGGGGAAAAGGGCACCAAGAACGGGCAGUUCAACUAUCCGUGGGACGUGGCUGUCAACUCUGAGGGUAAGAUCCUGGUCUCAGACACCAGGAACCACCGUGUGCAGCUGUUUGCCCCCGACGGCUCUUUCCUCAAUAAGUACGGCUUUGAGGGCGCGCUAUGGAAACACUUUGACUCUCCCAGAGGAGUGGCCUUUAACCACGAGGACCACCUGGUGGUGACCGACUUCAACAACCACCGGCUCCUGGUCAUCCGGCCCGACUGCCAGUCGGCUCGCUUCCUGGGCUCCGAGGGCACCGGGAACGGACAGUUCCUGCGGCCCCAGGGCGUCGCCGUGGACCAGGAGAACCGCAUCAUCGUGGCCGACUCCCGCAACCACCGAGUACAAGUGUUUGAGCCCAACGGAAACUUCUUAUGCAAAUUUGGCACACAGGGGAGUGGCUUCGGACAGAUGGAUCGCCCCUCCGGUGUGGCUGUGACGCCCGACGGCGUCAUCGUUGUCGUUGACUUUGGAAAUAAUCGCAUUCUCAAAUUCUAAA